GUUGUGUCCAGAUCACCAAGCUGAAGAUUGACAGGAAUCCAUUUGCCAAAGGCUUCAGAGACUCCGGACGAAACCGGAUGGGCCUGGACGCUCUGGUAGAGUCAUAUGGGUUCUGGCGUCCUUCUCUCAGAAGCCUGAUGUUUGAAGACAUCCCUGGAAUGAAACAAGGAGUCCCGGGGUCGCAUGGAGUCCCAUCUCACCUGCUCUCCUCUUCUCCUUGCUCCUCCCCAUUCAAGGUGUGCCCUCAUUCUCCCCUGGACGACACCUGCAGCCGACCAACACACCCCCUCCAUCACAAUGUCAACCCCGCCUCCCCCUUCCCCCUUCCUGUGGUGCGAAGACCGUCAGCAUUCUGCUCCAUGUCCCCACCCCCCUCUCAGUUUGGCUACCUGCAUCCUCUACCACGCCAGGGCUACGGUAGUAUCUGCCUCCAUUCACCCCACUACGGUCUCUACGGUUACUCCAACCCCCCCACUAACAUCGCAGCCAACCCAGACAAGAUGGCGGUUUCUUGUGCUGCUGUGGCCAAUCAGAACCCUCUCCUUGGCUCCUCCCCCAGUGGAACCCUGAUGGACAGUCUGUGCACGCUCAAUGGAGACCAGCAGGCCAACUUCCUUUUUGACUCUCGGACGCUGGGAUUGUCUGUGGGCCCGUCAGGGGGAGGGGCUUCAUAGGUCACCGCCCACAUGACCUGAGACACGCUUCUAAACCCUGACCCCCAAGGUUGCUAUGGCAACAGGCUGCUGCUCCGUGGAGAGGGUGUGGUGUGGAAUCACCAGCCAAUGAGGAUUGAUUACACAUCUCACAGACCAAUGGGGAGAGAGACAGAGCUGGUUUGUGUUAAAGAGAGAGAAAUAGAUCCACUGACUAAUGGGACAAUUUUAUUAGCUACCUGUUGUUGUUAUUGUUGUUGUUUUUUCUAAGCAUCUUAUUAAAGGAAUAAAUGGACUGGGACACUA